AGGAGGGUGAACGUUAUGUAGGAAUUAAGAUGUCUACAUUAUGACAACUGUAAUUAAGAGGACUUGUUGCAAGCGUAUAAUUAGCAAAUAAGCAUUCUAGGAGGAUCGCUAUAGGUUAAGAUAUUAUAGAAUCGUUCUUGCGAUGAAAUUUUAAUGACCUGCAUCCUUGGCCAGUAGCCUAGAAAAUAAUUACAGAAGAAUUGCAAAAGUAACAGUACAUAGGAUAAAUCCUUCAUCGAUGACCGUUAAUUAGAGUCGUUGACAAGCGUAGUCCUUGAUAGAAAUCCUAUCUCAUUAAUGUCAAGAAAGCAAACAAAAAUAAUAUUCAAAAACAUACAUUGAAAGCAACAGAAUAUUUUAAAUAUAUCUUGCGCCAGCCUACCGUCAUCUGGAACAAAUUAAGACGAUUCUAACGUCUUACAAUUUGCAACACUGACCUUCUAAAUCUCCAAUGCACGCGCAUUACUCAUGAACGGAAUGGUUUAGAAACAAGCAUGUGUCUAUUGUAAAAUACCAAUUUUACGUGGUUGCAUCAUCGUUAGUUUGGCUCGAAGAAGCGAAACAUCUUGCCGACAUCUUCGUGGAAGAUUCGGAUACGAUGGAUACAACAAGGGAAAGUGGAACUUACAGAAUUAGAUGUAAAAUGAGUAGGAUUUCGAAAUUGACGCCGUUAAGAUCUCAAGGUGGAUCGUUAGCAACGAGGAAAUGAAACUUAUCGAUUUUUCACCGCGUGAUCGCUGCUCCACAUUUUCCUGAUCGCUCGGUGAAAAUAAGCGACGCGGAAGAUGAACGGGUGAAGCGAAUACUCGUACAUGGCUCGGUUCUGGAGGGAGGUGUCAGUUGGAAAGUGCGAGCUCUUGUAGGAAGAACGAGAAACGUUUUACUGGUCAAUUGACAUGAGUUCGAAGUUGCGUUCGUUGUUUCUCUUCGCGUUCCUCUUUCCCGCGAGCACGUUAGAAGGGAAAGAGAAACCGGAAGGAGCGCCGUGUAUCGACCACAGUAAAUUUUAUCGGAAUCCCAAUACACCGGCACACAACGUUUGGUCUCCACCGGAAUGUGCCAAGUACUACUUAUGCUUAGACAACGAGGUGUUCGAGUUCAGGUGCUCGCAGGGACUUUUGUUCGACGUUUCUAGACAGAUAUGCGACUUCAAAGCUAAUGUCGAUAACUGCGACGUGACUUCAGAGACGCAAGCACCGAGACCGCUUCUCGAGAACGGCGAUUGCGAUGAGAAGCAUUUGGCUUGCGGCGAUGGUACCUGCUUCCCGGCUACAUACUUCUGCGACGGGAGCGUGGAUUGUCCCGACGGCUCCGACGAAGGCUGGUGCGAUCUUCGAAACGACCCGAACGGUGCGUUGACUUGUAAUCCCAAGGAAUGCCAUCUGCCAAACUGCUGGUGCUCCCAGGACGGGACACGAAUUCCUGGUAAUCUAACUGCCUCUACGGUGCCGCAGAUGAUAACUAUCACUUUCGACGAUGCGGUGAACGCAGAAAAUUUUGAACUCUUUUCAAAAAUAUUUUCAAACGACAGGAAAAAUCCGAAUGGCUGUCCAGUAAGAGGUACAUUCUACGUCAGUCACCAAUACACCAACUACAGGGACGUGCAAUACUUGUGGAACGUUGGACAUGAAAUUGCGGCGCAUUCCGUCACGCAUCGAGGUCCAGAGGAUUGGUGGUCGAGGAACGCCACCAUCGAGGACUGGUUCGACGAGAUGGUUGGCAUGGCGAAUAUCAUUCACGAAUACGCUGCAGUUCGUUUAAAGGACAUUCGAGGUUUAAGGGCACCGUUCCUACGCGUUGGUUGGAAUCGCCAGUUCCUGAUGAUGUCGGAAUUCGGAUUCGUUUACGAUUCGUCCAUGCUGGCACCGUUUUCUGAUCCUCCCAUCUGGCCAUAUACUUUGGACCACAAACCUCCACACGAUUGCGUAGGUCCGGAACAGCUUUGUCCAACGCGAGCUUACCCGGGCCUCUGGGAGCUUCCGAUAAAUCAACUUUUGGCAGGUAAUUACCAUUGUUCUUGUCAGGAUUAUGUUUGCACGAAAAUGGAUACCUGCUCUUCUAAUUUAUCAGCUGAGGACGUGUACGGAAUAUUGAUGCUAAAUUUUAAAAGGCAUUAUCAUAGUAAUCGGGCACCUUUCGGGUUGCACUUCCAUGCAUCUUGGUUUCGGGAGCCAAUGUAUUUUUAUGCAUUUAAUAAAUUCAUGGACGAUGUGCUUCGACUGAGCGAUGUUUAUUUCGUAACGAGCCAUCAGGUCAUCGAAUGGAUGCGUCAGCCAACGUCUUUAAACGCAAUCAACACCUUUAAGCCUUGGAAAUGCGGUGUGUCUCAAUUACAACCGUUUGAGGUGGCUUGUGAUUUACCAACAACUUGUAAGUUACCGAGUAGGGUACUGAAAUCGUAUCGGUAUUUGCAUACUUGCUUCGAAUGUCCUAAAGAAUACCCUUGGUUAAGAAACGAAUUCGGUUUGGAAUAAGAUGUUAUAUUUUAGGAAGGUU